AUGUGGAAGAAAUUACUAUACUUGAAGCAGCCAUUCCCAGAUAACUAUACCGAUGAGUCGUUUCUUGAUCAGUUGAAAACCAACCUGACGGUGGUUAAGUACUCGUAUUGGAAGUUGGUGUAUGAUUUUUCGCUUAUUUCAAUGUACAUUUCAAGUUUACUUUUAGUUAUAUUAACGUUUACCAGUAUUUAUUAUAAUCACAUUAAUCCAAUAAUCCCCAUUAUAAUAUCGAGUCUAUCGUUGAUGACGUUUUUAAUCGGCUUGCCGAAAAACCUGCUAUCAAAUACUCAAAAUAUUAAGUCUUUCUUAUUAAUCAACUUUAUCUUGCUUGUUUUAUCCCCGUUACUUAAAUCAUUAACCAGAUCAACUUCUUCUGAUUCUAUUUGGGCGUUAUCGUUCAUCUUAUGUUUGAUCAAUAUCGUCUUCCACGAUUAUGCCAUGGACAUAUCCAAGAUCAUCAACUACAGACCGAUUCUUUCCACCAAUAUCUCCAUGGCCAAUGGCAUCGUUUUGGCAUCGAGAUUAUCUUCAAAUUUACAAGUAUACUGUUUUUUAUUAUUUGUCCUACAAUUCAAUAUCUUGCUUCCGUUCAUUGAUUUCAGUUUGAGGAAAUUCUCCCGAUUCAAUCAGCACUAUACUUUAUUAAUAUCCAUUCAAUUGAUUAGCUUAACGAUGAUUUGGAAAUUGGCUAAUUUCAACCUCUUCUUAAUUUACUUCUCGGGUCAAAUUGGUAUUCUGUUUUGUCUUCCAGGUUACUUUUUGUUUUUACAAAAAUAUAAAAAUGAAUUACAAGGCCCUUGGGAUCCGGCUAAACCUAUCAUUAAAACGAUUUAG